GCAAAAAGGAAAAGAACGGCGAAGAAUCGCGAAGCGAGGAAGACGCUUCGUCUCCGGCGCUAAUGGUGGCGAUGUCGCUGUGGUCCUUCGCCUCUGCCCCUUCGCUCCCGUCGGGAAGGCCUCCCUGUCUCUCGACCCGCUCGAUCCCUUCCCCUCGGUCCCUGUCUCGCUCUCCCUCGCGGCCCCCAUCCAGGGUCAAUGUUAGAUGCAAUUAUGCCACAUCAGAUCUGGUAGAAGAUUCCUCUUCCCUUCCGAUUGAUGUUGUCGCAGAUGUGAAAACUGAAAAGAUUGUUGUCUUGGGGGGCAACGGGUUUGUUGGUUCUGCUAUUUGCAAAGCUGCAGUGUUGAAGGGCAUUGAAGUGGUCAGCGUAAGCAGGUCUGGAAGGCCUUCUUACACAGACUCAUGGGUUGACCAAGUUAGCUGGAUGGCAGGUGAUGUUUUUUAUUUAAUGUGGGAGGAGGUGUUGGUUGGGGCAACAGCUGUUGUAUCAACCCUUGGAGGGUUUGGAAAUGAGGAACAGAUGAAGAGGAUAAAUGGUGAAGCUAAUAUCUUAGCAGUAGGUGCUGCAAAGGAUUUUGGUGUCCCUAAGUUCAUCCUGAUAUCUGUCCAUGACUACAAUCUCCCCUCUUUCCUUCUUUCUUCGGGGUAUUUCGUCGGGAAGAGAAAAGCAGAAUCUGAGGUCCUCUCCAAGUACCCAAGAUCAGGUGUUGUGUUGAGACCUGGAUUCAUCUAUGGUAAGAGAAAGGUCGAUGGUUAUGAGAUCCCACUUGAUCUAAUAGGUGAACCACUGGAAAGGCUACUGCUUGCCGCUGAGAAUUUUACAAGGCCUUUGAAAUCACUCCUGGCGUCCGAUCUCCUUUUGGCACCCCCCGUGAGUGUCGACGAUGUUGCAUAUGCAGUGAUCAAUGCACUUAUGGAUGAUGAUUUCUUCGGCGUUUUCACAAUCGAGCAAAUCAAGGAAGCUGCUGCUAAAGUGAGGUCACGAUGAACUGAUACUCAUGCCUGUUUGAAUGUUUCAAGCUCACCGAUCCAGUCUCCCUUAUAUGACAGAAUUAAGCUCCACCUUAGCCGAGGAACUCCAAAUUCCCCACAUUGCAUUACCAAACCUUGCUUCAUGUGGACAUGGCUGCAUGGUGUGAUACCGUACUACAGAACCUUUGAUCAAGUGUUAACAUCAUGAUAUUUACUGUAAAUUUUGACAGCUAAAAUGUAGAAAUGUCUACUUAAGACGAUACAUACGAGUUUAUCAACUUGUUUGUCUCUAUUGAAGUAUCUGCAGUUGGAAUG